AUGAACGUAUUCGAAGCGCUUCGUGAUGCUGUCUCUCAGGACCCGUCAAGGGCGGCAUCCUCCCUGGGGCGCUUGCAGGAGAUUCAGAAGACGCCAUCCGCACUGGCUAAAAUGAUUCAAAUUUCUUCAGACAAGACUGUUCCGCUGGACAUUCGACGCAUGGCAAUAAUUCAAUUCAAGAAUCAUGGAACUCCCAAUUGGAGGUCCAAAAUUUUGUUCACUCCAGAAGAUCGGAUAGCUGUGCGGCAAACCUGUGCAACGUUCCUUGAGGAAAACGAUGACACGGUCGCUCAGUGCAGUGCUGUGAUCAUUUCUAAAUUAUACAGAAUCGACGGUCUCACAGCAUGGCCGCAAUUACUUCCCGGGCUCAUCUCCGUGAUACAGGGGGGUGUCAAGUCUCGCUUCUCGACACAUGCACCGAAUCCCACAAUUUCUUUAUCAAUCAAACGCACGGUAGCGGUAUUGAACCAGGUUUUGAAGGAACUUGCGUCGUUGAAAAUUCCGGGAGGCGUGCAGUUCAUGGGACAGGUAGUUACGGAAAUCCAUCCACUCCUAAAAUCCAUAUAUGGCCAGUACGCGACGCAGUUAUCUACGGCUAUCUCGCCCACUUCUAUCAAUGAGCCCCAAGUUGCAGCUGAUGUCGAGGUCGCACAUUACACCUACAAAUGUUUGUCCAAAGUUAUCCUCUGGGCUUGGAACCGUUCCGGCGCGAAGGAUGUGGACAAACAAGAAAUAGAUUCCUUUUUUUCCAGCUCUGCUCCUCAGCUGCGGGUAGUUUUUAAUUUGCGAGUCAAUUUAGUUCUUGCUCUUCGCAGUCGACCUUCAGCACAUCCUGAUGCCGUUGGUUUGAAAUCAAUUCAAUAUCUGACGAAACAUCUGAAGGCUUUUGGUAAAUUGUUCCGGAAAAUGCAACAAUCCGCUGUACCCCGCUUCCUUGCCUUACCUGAGUGUGCGCCACUCAUUAUGUAUUACUGGAACAAAGUUAUAGAAGCCAACUCUCUGGAUCCGUCCGCAAUUGGAGAAUCCCCUGAUUCAGUCUACCCUGCACCCGUCCUGCUUCAAGGAAUGGUGCUCCUCAAAGACGCGUUGGGUCAAUGGUCUCCCAGUCAUCAGAAUUUGCUGUCAAAGGAAUGGGUUGAGGAGGCGGUCGGGCUGAUACUGUUGCGCUUCCUACCCCUCAAAGUGCCGGAUCUCGAGAAGUGGCAAGGCGACUCGGAAGAGUGGAUCAAUGACGAAGACCGAGACACCGAGGCAUGGGAGUUCGAUAUCAGACCUUGUGCAGAACGAAUCAUUAUGACGAUGACGAAUCGUAUGCCUGAAUAUGUGAUCCCUAUUCUUCUCAAGGAAUUAGAAAGGGCUUACGGUGCCCAGAAUCCCGAAGACCUUCAAGCGAUCCUAAGGAGAGAGGCGCUGUACUGCGCCAUGGGACGUUGCCUCACCUGGAAAGAGUCAUCUUUCAAUUUGGGCCAAUGGAUCAAUGGUCCCUUCUCUGCUAAUGUUUCCCAAACCAGUCCGAGCUAUCGUAUCCUCAAGCGCCGUAUUGCUUGGGUGCUUGGCGAGUUCGGUCAUGCAGGAACUGUUCCGCCUUUUCAUAUGCAGAAGUUUUGGGAGAUGGUGACGUACCUUCUGCGUGAUCGCUCAGAGAGUUCUGAUGCCGCAGUCAGGCUCACCGCGUGUCAGGCUAUUCGUUCGAGUGUAGAUUCCCUCAAUUUCGAUGCCGCCACGUUUUCCCUUCAUUUACCACAAGUUAUAUCCGGCUUGAUGGCGCUUUUGCCAGAAAUGGACACCAUAGAGAGCAAAACCCGAAUUGCAACGAGCUUAAAUAAUGUCAUAGAAACAAAUGGAGCUCAGAUUGAACCUUUUAUCAACAUCAUCACGGAUCCGAUCCCAGGACUUUGGCUUAACUCCGAACAGAAUGCGCUCUUCCAGGCCGCUUUGUUGGACCUCGCGAAACAGCUGGUACAAGCAUCGAAGAAUUCUGUCCCGCUUCUACAUAUUGUCAUUCCAUUGAUCCAAGAAAGCAUGAUGGCGGAGAAUCGUUUACGUCUGGAUGAAGACGGGUUAGCACUGUGGCUGACGUCGCUGCGCCAUGCAUCUUCGGUUCUUCCGACCGCCCCAAAUUCCCCUUCCUUCAUUGACCUUCUACCAGGAGCGGUUCAACUGCUAGGCGAGAACUUGGACCUCUUGGGUUCUAUCCUGUCGAUCAUUGAAAGCUAUUUAUUACUGGACGCCGCUAGCGUACUCAAAUCCUCAGCGGCAGAGUUACACAGCGCAUACUUACAAAGUGUGAAGUCGGCAAAUGGUGUGAAUGUCAAGGACGUCAUCGAUAUCAUCAAUAUCAUGAUCCAGGUGGCUCCAUCAGGCCUCUGGGCUGAGGCGAUGCAUUCCUCCGGGUUAUUCGAUUAUAUGCUGAACUCAGUCGUCAGGGAUAAAGGGAAUGACAGGCUCUUAAUUGAAGAGUUCCACGUCUUUGCCCGUAUAAUCAUACAAGAUGUGACCAUAUUCCUUCGACUCGUCGACGCAGCUCAAGCAAGGACAAAUGGGAACAUUGACCUCUUCGACAAGCUUCUUGACCAGUGGUGGCGGAAGUUUGAUAGCAUGGCUGAACCUCAGCACAGAAAACUGACCGCGAUGGCGAUGGCUAGAUUAGUCGCUACGGGGCGGCCGGCUGCGCUGAAACGGAUGUCUGGAGAAACCUUCAACCUGUGGCUCGAUGUCCUUGGGGAAAUGAAAGAAGCCAUCGCAGCCGAAGACGAGAACCACCUACAUCUUUAUUGGAAACAAAAUGGUGGAACCAUUCCAGAUCGUUUGCUAAAGGACUCCGAGGGCUCUCUCGAAGAGGGAAGGCGAAAGGCGCUCUAUGCGAAUGAUCCUGUCCAGGCAACGCUUCUCACGGCGUACAUAACCGCACAGCUACAGGAAGCUCCACGAAAUGCUCCGACAGGACCUGAUUCCUUCAAUGCGCAUCUUGCCAAAGCUGAUCCACUAGUGCUUGAUCAGCUUAAGAAAGCCCUGAUGUGA